UGCAUUUUGUUUUAUGUUUUUGUUGAUGCGCACGCAGCGUACACAUCGGCAUUGAGUCGGCAUUUUAUUGAUUACAUAUGGCAAAUUGGCGCUUGGCACGCUACGCCGGCCCCCAACCCAAGGACAAAACCGACCCCCAUAUGGACAGGCGACAUUAACUUGCUUUUUUUUUUGUUACUUUGUUUUGUUUUGUGUGUUUGACAAUUCAAGACCAAAACGACGGUUGAGCCGUUCAAAUUGUGUUUGUUUUGAGUUGUCCCGGCCAUUCACUCAGCGCCGUGCCUGUGUAGAAGCCGCAGCUAUCGUGUGUGUGACUAACCAAAUUACAGCAUUAGCAUAAUCAAUUCAUUAACCAUACUCAAAUACCAGCAGUAAUUAUUAGUAUUAGCAAUAUGUCGACUGCAGUUAAUGGUGGGGAAGCCGCCGCCGCCGGCCGCUGCGAAACCGAUCGCAUUUCCGCCCUUGAGCUGCAAUCGAAUAAAAAGAUGUUAUACUUCAGCGAUGGCGUCAUGGAGGAGCUCUCGUCCAGCGAUAGCGAUAUUGAGCCGGACGUGCCCGAUAAGGCAUACGAUGUCCAACUGCAGCGCGAAUUGCCCCUGGGACCGCGCCUACGUUACAAGGCCACCAAGGUGGGCAACAAUAUAUUGGCCGGCAUCGAUUACGUUGGCGGCGGCCUGGCCUCAUUCCUGGGCAUAACAAACUCGAAAUAUGCCAGCGAACUAAAAUACCAUCAGCGUGCCAAAGAGCAAGCCGAUGCCGAGGCCGCUGCCGACGAGGACCUUGACAAUUGGCAAACGCAGGCGAACAACAACAAUUCCAGCGAUACCGUUGUGGUCUGCGCGCCCGCUCGUCGAGACGAGGAGGCGUUGCCACCCAGUCGGAUAUAAUAAUUAAUCGAGCAAUGAACUCGACAGUAAAAAUACAAGAGAAAAUGCCAUAAAGAAAAUGCUCAUCAGGUAAAAUUAUAAACAUUUUAUAGACUAUGUACAUACAAAUAUGUAUUAAAAAUCAAAUCAUUUUCGACACUUUAUUCGCUAUUAAUAAGUUUCAAAAUACAAAUUACAUAUAUAUAAACAA